AGAGGAGGAGGGAGCAAGGAGCGUUGCCAUGCCCGUGACGCAAUUACGCUGCGACGGUAGUAGGGAUUCUUUCUCGUGACGACUUUGCUGCGCGCCUGGCGGGAAAGAGUCUCCUGAAAAAGAACUUGAGGGAAACAAGGACGAGCUGACGUUUCGCUAUACCGCCUGGACGGCAAAACAGCUCGCCUUCCGAGGCGCCCUGAAGUAACAACAAAGGCGGGAUUUUUGUGUGCGCGCGCUUGGCAAUGAAUUUGUUGGUAUGAACAUGGGUUCUCCACCAAAUAAACUUCCUCAUUGGAUGACUGAAGAGGAGAAAGUGGAUUCUGUUGCUGGCAAAAAGCAGAAGAAUUCAGCCAAUCGAAGUGUCCUGGAGCAAAACCUUCCCUUCUUAGAGUUCCCAGGCUCUGUCAUUUACAGCUAUAAUGCUAGUGAUUGUUCCUUACUUGCUGAAGAUAUUAUUUCAAUGUUGCCUGAUGGAGCUGUGCUAGGAUUUGACAUUGAAUGGACACCAGUCUUUACUAAAGGAAAGGAAGGAAAGGUUGCCUUAAUCCAGUUGUGCGAGUCAGAAGAGAAGUGCUACCUGUUUCAUAUUUCUUCAAUGUCAAACUUUCCAGGGGGAUUGAAAAGGUUGCUUGAAGAUAACCAUAUCAAAAAAAUCGGAGUUGGUAUUGAAGGGGAUAAAUGGAAACUGAUGCGUGAUUUUGAAGUCAAUUUGGGAGAUCUUGUGGACCUGGCUGACCUUGCCAAUAAAAAACUAAGAUGUAAGGAGAUCUGGAGUCUGAAUGACCUUGUAAAGCAUCUAUUCCACAAACAGCUUCUGAAAGAAAAAUUGGUCCGCUGUGGUAACUGGGAAGAGUUUCCACUUACUGAGGAGCAAAAGCUAUAUGCAGCUACUGAUGCUUAUGCAGGCUUCCUCAUUUAUAAAAAGCUGAUGACUAUGAGUAGUGAUAAGAAGUUACAAAUUAGCAUAGAAAAAGAUGGAAUAUUAUUGUCAAGUGAAAUAAAAAAGGAAUUGGCAACGAUGUCAGAGGAGAUGAUAGAUUUGACUGAUCACCUGCCUUGCACUUUAGAUAAAUCUAUAAAUAUUCAAAGAAUUUCAGAAAUAUUGUCUGGUCUGUCAGAAAACAUCAAGGCCUUAAGAAGAGUAUUACUUCUUGACUCUGCCUGCCAGAUGGAGUUGGGAGAUGCUGAAAAUUCAGGAAAAAUCACUAGAAAUAAAGAGAAAUUAGAAACAUCUGAAUUGCCCUCUAAGCUCAUAAGGGAGUCAAAUGACCAUGUAGAUCAUCUUGAUCAUUUCCAAAAUGACAUCCUUGUAGAAGAUGAAGAAGAACCGAAUAACAAAAAUCAAGCAGAAGAUGUUUCAAACGAAAGGACUAAAGCUGCUGGAGAGUAUGGAUACUUAAUGUCACUAGACAUAACAGAAUAUGAACUUCAGAUGUUGGAACGUCAGGCUGAGGAAGAGCUGCUGAAUGAGGCUGCUUGUAAAUCUGAGGAUUUAAGCUUCACAGAGAAUGAAGGAAAGUCCCUUUGCGUCAUUGAAAGCGAUGAUGAAUUUGAAAUGGAGAUGAUUAAAUCCUUAGAAAACAUAGACAAGCAUGACAUGGAUGUUGGAGAUUCUCACUUGGAUAAAUUAAAAAAGGAAAAUGAUAUGAUUGUAGAUUAUGAUGAUGAAGAUGAUGAAAUUGAGGAGGAAGAAGAAAGUUGGGAUUCCAGCUUACCUGGUCCGAACUCCAAACAAACUGCUUGCCUAAAGAUGUAUUUUGGACAUUCAAACUUUAAGCUGGUCCAAUGGAAAGUGAUCUCUUCAGUUUUGCAAGACAGAAGAGAUAAUCUUGUUGUUAUGGCAACUGGAUAUGGGAAAAGUUUGUGUUUCCAGUUUCCACCUGUAUACACUGGGGGUACUGGAAUAGUGAUUUCUCCCCUUAUUUCCUUGAUGGAGGAUCAAGUACUACAACUUGAGAUGUCAGGAGUUCAAGCCUGCUUACUUGGGUCAGCACAAUCAAAAAACAUCAGAGGGGAUAUCAAAGCGGGUCACUAUAGAGUUGUCUACAUAACCCCAGAAUUCUGUUCAGGGAAUUUGACAUGGCUUGAGGAACUUGACCAAACAAUUGGUAUCACAUUGAUAGCUAUUGAUGAAGCUCACUGUAUUUCUGAAUGGGGGCAUGAUUUCAGGAAUUCUUACAGAUCUUUGGGAUCAUUAAAGAAAACCCUUCCCAAGGUUCCUAUUAUUGCCUUAACUGCAACAGCAAGUCCUUCCAUCAGAAAAGAUAUUGUAGACUGUCUGAACCUAAAAAAUCCUCAGAUCACAUGUACUAGUUUUGACCGGCCUAAUCUGUACUUGGAAGUUGGACGAAAAACUGGAAAUAUUAUCCGAGACUUAAAGCAGUUCCUUAUUAAAAAAGAUACAUCUACCUAUGAAUUUGAAGGCCCCUCUAUUGUGUAUUGCCCAUCAAGGAAGAUCACUGAACAAGUAUCUGCAGAACUGAUGAAAUUAAACCUUGCUUGUGGAACAUACCAUGCUGGCAUGGGAAUCAAGGAAAGGCGAAACAUUCAUCAUAAGUUCAUGAGAGAUGAAAUUCAGUGUAUUGUAGCUACUGUAGCCUUUGGAAUGGGCAUCAAUAAAGCAGAUAUUCGAACAGUUAUUCAUUAUGGAGCUCCAAAGGAAAUGGAAUCAUACUAUCAGGAAAUUGGAAGGGCUGGCCGUGAUGGACUUCCUGCCUCUUGCCAUGUGUUAUGGACCCCAGCUGACCUGAGUUUCAAUAGACACCUGCUUAAUAUGAUACAUAGUGAGAGGUUUCGCCUGUACAAACUGAAGAUGAUGGCAACGAUUGAGAAAUACCUCAACUCGAACAGCUGUAGGCGAAAAAUCAUUUUGUCUCAUUUUGAAGACAAACAACUCCGAAAGGCCUCGUCCGGCAUCAUGGGAACAGAAAAAUGUUGUGAUAAUUGCAGAUCCAGACACAGUCAGAAUAUUUGUAUAGUUGAAAAAGAAGACAGUUUUGAAGAUUUUGGUCAGCAAGCUUACAAAUUGAUGUCUGCUGUAUGUGCCUUAAAUGAAAGAUUUGGCAUGGGUGUUCCAGUAUUGUUUCUCAGGGGAUCUAAUUCUCAACGUGUUCCAGAUAGAUACCGAACUCAUGCACUCUUUGGCAGCGGUAAGGAUUGGCCAGAGAACCUGUGGAAGGCAUUGGGUCGCUCCCUUGUCUUGGAGGGCUUUCUCAAAGAGGUUUCUGGUAUAAAUAAAUUUUCAACAAUAUGCACACUUAGUGCAAAGGGGAAAGACUGGCUUUGUAAAGCUAAAGAAAAUUCAAGCCCUAAACUUCUGCUUCUGAUGAAUGAGGACUUGUAUUUAAAGACACCAAGUUAUAAGCAAACAUCUUCAGACAAGGCAGAGUUACCCAAGCCAGUGCCAGAAACAAAGAAGACGUCUUUGCAUGAAAUGUUCGCGUAUCAAGGAGCAAGUAAUACCUCCAGAGGAAGUACCCUCUCAAGUAAAAGCAAUGCCACAGUGCAGUUGCCAUUGCCUCUCGCGCCAGUAAGUCCUACAGUGCCUGCAGUAUCUCAAAGAGAGAAGGAAUUGCAGACAGCGUUGUAUGGGAAAUUAGUGGCAGCCAGGCAGAAACUAGCCAAUGAAAAGGACAUUCCUCCAGCGGUGUUAGCAACAAAUAAAGUUCUAGUUGACAUGACCACCAUAAGGCCUACAACAAUAGAAUCUAUAAAAAGAAUUGAUGGUGUUUCUGAAGCAAAAUCUGCCAUGUUGGAGUCUCUUCUUAUAAUGAUCAAGGAGUUCUCUCAAACAAAUAACUUACAGACAGACAUCUUCAAGACUUCUGGAUCUCAAGAUCAGCCAAAUAUAAUCCUUCAGAAGAGAAGUGAAUGUGGUACUUUGACAGAAUCAGAACGUGUAACUUACACACUGUUUCAAGAAAAAAAUAUGUCACUGACUUAGGAUCACCCUAAUUCUGAAACGUCUUGAAGGCACACAACAACAAUUCUAAUUACCUUGACUAUCUCAUCAGCCAAAAGCAGGCCCAAGCUUCCCAUUGAAGUACUGGUAAGUUUAUGUUGGUUAAAAUUGUUCUUCAUUUUAAAUAUUGUAUUAUCAUUCCUUUUCUUUUCUUUCUUUUUCUUUUGCAUUACAAAUGAGAUAUGUGCAGUGUGCAUAGCAAUUGAUACUUUUUUUCAAACAAUAAUCCCCCCCCCCCACACAAAAAAACAGGGACCAUGAAAUGGCCCUCAGUUUAAAGCCUAUGUAGGAACUAAAUAAUUUUAUUGCCCAUGAAUAAAACACUUUGUUUUAGUGGCUGGGUGAUUAAGAAAUUCUAAUUCUGUGUAAGUCAUAUGCCAAAGGUGAGUAGAACCAGAAGCAAAAAUGCUGUACUUCUCUUCCCUACAUCUCUGCAUCCUGGAAGGGAGAGAUUGCGUUUGCCCAGCUUUCAUCUCUGUAUCCAUUGCAAUUUCUCUCAUUUCUCCUCCCCACUACUUCCCUGUUCUAAGUACUGCCUGUCUAGAAGUAUGGGCCUCCCCUUACAUAUCUGUCACUCCCUAGAAACUGACUAUUGCCAAGUUGCUUAGCAGGUGGCACCAUGCAAUGCUUGUGUGGCCUGUUUUAGUAUUGUAGCAAAAACAGUAAAGAAGCAUAUUAAAAGCUGUUUUGUUGUGACAUAGUUGUGGCAUGAAAUUUUCUGUGCUAUAUUCCACUGCUACAUCUUGCACCAUAGGUUGCGUUCCAUGAAAGCUUAUAGUAUUAUUAAUAGUAUUUAUAAUGUCGUAAUUGUUCUUACUCUUCCAUUUAUAUUUUGUAAAUGGGCUUGGAAUGCAUAACUUAUCAAUGGCAUGUUGAAUGUUUGCUAGUUUCCCUCUCUCUUUUUUUUUUUGGAAGGUGGAGGACCAAAACAUUCCCUCCAAACCAAAAGUGGUAUUUCAUAAGUUUGCUUCCAUGGUUUUCUUGUUGUUGUUUUGCUGGUGCUUCAGCACCAUUUUUUUUCCUGGUUCACAUUUACAAUCCUGGUUACUGAUAACCAUACUCAGUGGUGACAUCAUGAUGCGUAGUUUAUCCAAUUUUGGGUAUACAUUAGAAUUGAAUUAAGGCUCUUGUAUAAGGUCUGGUGGAUGAAUUGCAUAAACACUUUGCAUUGUUUUAAACUUUGUAUAUUGUAUUUUAUGACUGUUUUAACUGUUUUAACGUUUUAGUUCAUUGUAUAACAGUGUAAUGGCAUCAAUUGCCACUUGUAAGCCGCCCUGAGUCCCCUCAGGUGAGAAGGGCGGGGUAUAAAUAAUUGAAAAUAAAUAAAUAAAUAAAUAAAUAAAUAAAUAAAUUGUGAAAAAUGACCUGUAGCAGUGCUGCUAGGUUUCCCAUGCUCUGGAUCAGUGGUUCUCAACCUAUGGGUCCCCAGAUGUUUUGGCCUUGCAACUCCCAGAAAUCCUAACAGCUGGUAAACUAGCUGGGAUUUCUGGGAGUUGUAAGCCAAAACACCUGGGGACCCACAGGUUGAGAACCACUGCUCUAGAUGAAACCAAACAAAAACUUUAUCUCUUUUUCAGAACAGUUUCCCAAAAUUUCCCCCCAAAGCAGAGAGUUAUUGUUUAGAAAUGCCAAAAUUGUUCAUGAAAUAACCCCUCUCCUUUUGUCAGCUCUAUACUUUAUUUUCAUUGCACUUAUUUUGUCACAGAGGUUUUCUUUAAAAUGAGAGUGUGUUUGAUUCCUGCUCAGCUACUCCCUCCAAGGAACCUUUCUUGUUAGGUAGCCAACAAAUUGUAAAUGUCUAAGGACUAAUUAACAAGGAGCAAUAAUAUAAUUUGUACUAGGUAAUUCGAUGCCUUGUAUCAAAUAACUAUUGAUUAGAUCAUACACCCUGGUGUCUACUGUCUGGGAAAAGUCAGCAAACAUAACAUUCAGCCAUUGUCUUUAUAGGAAGAAAAUAAUUGUACAGUGAUCAGUUUUAGGAAGCAGUUUGCUACAUUUAAUUAAACUGUUUGAAGAACCAAAUGUAGUAGCUAUAGUAAUCAUAUGUAAUUUCACUCAAAGCUCACUUACUUUUUGGACAGGUGUGAACUUCCGCAUAGAGUUACACCAGUACAUUUGGCAUUUCGGUGUUUUCAUCAUUAAGCCUUAAGGAAUUGUUAGAUCCAAACAAUAGUAUAUUUUUAGGCCAGUCCAGCUUGUAACCCACAAAGCUAUAUGCAUCUAGUUAGUCACAAAUUGUGAUGGACCUGUUUUUCAAUUUGCCAAGCACUGUAAAAGAGACAACGUAAGGCUGCUGUACUGUGUUUAGUUCACUGCAACACAUCCAUAAUAUAUUCAAUCUCUGUUAACUAUUAUUUGUCCAUUUAGCCCAAGAUUAUAAUGAAAUUCUUAACCUGUUGUCAGUGAUUACUGGGCAGUUAUCUAAGGGUGAAAUGAUAUGUUACAAAAACACGAAGUUGUGGCCAAAAUGGGAAUUUUGUGUUGAGAACUUGUCCACAAAAAGCGUAAUAAUACUUACAGAAUGAUCCCUGUAUCCACAAGAAAUAUGUUCCUGGACUUACCGUGGGCAAUAGUGAAACCUUUUGAAAUGAAUGACUAUCUAUCUAAGAAUGUUCUAGGUUCCCCAUGAUGACCAUAUGGUUAGUUCUGGCAGGAGCAUAACAUAGAAUCAGUUGAAGGACCUAGAAGAUUCCUAGAGAGGAAUCAGGUGGGGAUAGGUGAACCCAUGGGUCAUGUAGUUGUACUGUACUUGUGUGCAAACCUCAUGCUGUCCUCAUGCUUUAUUAAUCCGAGGCAGUUACCUGCUCAGAAGAAUGAUCAGAGAAGAGACUUGCAUGGUACAAUUCAAUGGUUUCUUCUAUUUCAGACCAUUAACCUUUAACAUGAAAUUCAUGUUUAAUUCUUCAUGUUUUGCUUUAUUUACCCCCUCCCUCUUUAAAAUUUCAUUCUUUGCCGCAUGGUUUGUCAGUGUGGGCUCUAUACUGUUUGAUAUAUGUCCCCCCCCCCCCCGCCCCCAAAUGAGCACAUUGUUCAUAUUAAGAAUUAUAUGAGGGCAUUCUGAGAUUGUUAAACAUUGUUUUUGCAGAAUCAAGUUUUUACAAAUAAAGUUUGAAUCUCUCUAGGCUUAUUGUUCCCUUCUGAUUUUUCUUCUUAUGU